AAAGAUAUAGCUGAGGCUGCUGGAUAUCCAGCAACAGAUGUAGAAGUGAUAACAGAAGAUGGGCACAGCCUAUGGAUGCAUAGGAUAGGUAAUUCAUCAGGCCCACCUGUAAUGUUGCAACAUGGAUUGCUGGUUGCUGGAGAUUCUUGGAUAGCAAGAGGACCUGAUAAAGAUCUUGCAUUCUUAUUGCUGAAGGCAGGAUUUGAUGUAUGGUUGACAAACCAACGCGGCACAGUUUACAACCAGUAUAAUUUAAAGUACAGUCGGACAGACCCACGAUUCUGGAACUUCAGUUUCCAUGAGUCUGGCUAUUACGAUAUCCCUGCAUUCAUUGACAGAAUUCUCAAAAUAAGAAAAGCAAAAAAAAUAUUUUAUGUGGGACAUUCUCUUGGUACAACUGUAUUCCUUGUGAUGAAUUCACUAAGACCAGAAUAUAAUUCUAAAAUACAAGGAGCAGCAUUGUUGUCACCAGUAGCUUAUGGACCUGACCCAGAUGCAUUUGGUCCUAAUCCUUUUAUUCGCUUUGCUCUUAAUAAUGCUGAUGCCAUUUAUGCUGGAUUAACGAAUGGAAGGAUUUAUGAAUUCAUGCCAAGAUCAUCGUCAAAUAUUAAAACUGUUAAACAAAUAUGCAGUAAUUUAUCAGCGAGUCAAGAUCUUUGUUUAGACUUAAUUGGACUUUAUGCUGGUGAACAUAGAUCCAAUAUAGAUAAGGAAAAUUUAGGAAAUAUGCUAAUAUAUGGAUUUGCAGGAACAUCAACUAAGACUUUAUACCAUUUAUCUAAAGUAUAUAAAGGAGGGGAAUUUAAAAUGUUUGACUACGGACCAAAAGGAAACUGGAUAAACUACAACAGUUCAAUCGCCCCAAGCUAUCCUGUUGAACGUGUUGUGGCCCCAGUUGCCUUAUUUUGGAGUUACAAUGAUCCUCUUAUAUCACAAGAUUCUGUGCAGAAACUGGCAUCCAAACUACCCAACGUUAUUAAAAUACAAGCUGUACCUGAUCCUAAGUUUACUCAUAUAGACAUGAUUUGGGGAGAAAAUGCUAAACAUAUUCUUUACCCAGAUAUCAUAGACAUUUUCCGUUCUUUGGUUGGCAAAGAUAAAUUUUAA